AGCUCUGCUGUCAAAGGAAGAGACCCAUGUGGCUCUCUACCUAACCCCCUGUCAUUCGCGUGAACUGAAAACCUUACCUUACGAUUUAGGGUCUCUUUAUUUGGCCCGCCUCCACCCUUGAUUGGCAUGGAAUUGUUGAUAGACGUGACGCCCCCGCCCUGCCAGGCCCUAAUCAUCCCGCCCCUCACACCCACUGAGAAAGAUCAAGUGAGCGUGGCCUUGAAGGUCUUGAAGGAAUUUGAGCGGGAUUGGCCGGCUCAAGCUCAAUCCACUCAAGUGGAACUGACCUUAGUGGACGAAUUUAUGUACAAAUCCCAGAACCGCUUCCGAAACGAUCAAGGCCAUCGAGACGUCAAGCGCGUGCUCCUCUGUAUCCGUCGAGCAUUGGCCUUGAGGAUCGACCAGUUAUGCCGAGAUUGGACUCAAGUCAUGCCCCUGGGCGUCGAUGUGAGGCGGAACAAGCCUCGGUUGUACGGUCCCAGUCGGGAAAUGCUCGAAUUUCUCCUAUUGAGAUUGUGGGGCUUUCGAGCUUUAAUCGAGAAGGCUCAAACUUGGGCCGGCCUUUGCGGCCACAAACAGUUGGCCCGGAUUCGUUUGGGGCACUUUUGGAAUGUGGCCUUGCAGAAAUUGAGUUCCGUGGCUCGAUUGUGGUCCAACAUGACAACGCUAUUACCUCAAGUGGCUGAGGUCUAUCGAGCCCUUUAUGCCCUAAGGACCGUCUUACCAUCGUCGAAAGUGGCCUUUCUCCCACCUGGUACCGAAUUACCCGACUGGCCCACCAGUUCCUCCGACGUGGCACCCGCCCAUCUUACUGUCACCGAGAAUGUCGUACCUUCUGAUCCGGAUCAGUCGAUCCCUUCAGAAAUUGGAGUCAUCGAGCGCGAGUUGGACUUGACCCCAGACACGCCUGCACCCAUCAGAGCCAGUCCUCUAGGAAUGACCCGAGCCAAAUGGAAGCAUUUGGGGAAAAUGUUCAAAAAUUGGACCCAACCCGCGGAUUUGGCACAAUUUCUGAUGGAUGAAACGCGACAGCGGAAAACGGAUCGUCAUAGCUGCGUGACCAAAGCCUUGAAUCAGACUCAAUGGAAGCAAGUCAAGACGGAUCUAAUGAAUUUUAUGGCCGGACCCAAGACGAACACGCCCAAAGCAGUAUCUUUGGUCAAGCAACGGCUUCGGUUUUGGUUGGUCCGUCCCGAUUUGGCCGGUCAGAAGCCCCCAGAUUGGCAUAAGUUGGUCCAGCAAUUGGAAAGUGAAGCGAUUUCGAUAAAAAAUGCCAAAAAGAUGGUAAACAAAAAAGACAAAAUAUGUUAGAAUAUUUGUUAAAGAUAUGCGAGUUUAUUAUGUUUAAAGAUCAAACACAGAAGCAUAGUUUGCGCUGUUUCUUAGUGUU